AUGCUGCACCAGUGCAAGGCUUGGAGAGGGAAGAAGACGCAACAAGCAAGUCUGAUAUCAAGCAGCACAAUAAGAACAAGUCCGAUAUCAAGCAGCACGAUAAGAGCAAGUCCGAUAUCAAGCAGCACAAUAAGAACAAGUCCGAUAUCAAGCAGCAAGAUAAGAACAAGUCUGAUAUCAAGCAGCACGAUAAGAACAAGUCUGAUAUCAAGCAGCACGAUAAGAACAAGUCUGAUAUCAAGCAGCACGAUAAGAACAAGUCCGAUAUCAAGCAGCACGAUAAGAACAAGUCUGAUAUCAAGCAGCACGAUAAGAACAAGUCUGAUAUCAAGCAGCACGAUAAGAACAAGUCUGAUAUCAAGCAGCACGAUAAGAACAAGUCCGAUAUCAAGCAGCACGAUAAGAACAAGUCUGAUAUCAAGCAGCACGAUAAGAACAAGUCCGAUAUCAAGCAGCACGAUAAGAACAAGUCUGAUAUCAAGCAGCACGAUAAGAACAAGUCCGAUAUCAAGCAGCACGAUAAGAACAAGUCUGAUAUCAAGCAGCACGAUAAGAACAAGUCCCGAUAUCAAGCAGCACGAUAAGAACAAGUCUGAUAUCAAGCAGCACGAUAGAACAAGUCUGAUAUCAAGCAGCACGAUAAGAACAAGUCCGAUAUCAAGCAGCACGAUAAGAACAAGUCCGAUAUCAAGCAGCACGAUAAGAGCAAGUCCGAUAUCAAGCAGCACGAUAAGAACAAGUCCGAUAUCAAGCAGCACGAUAAGAACAAGUCUGAUAUCAAGCAGCACGAUAAGAACAAGUCCGAUAUCAAGCAGCACGAUAAGAACAAGUCUGAUAUCAAGCAGCACGAUAAGAACAAGUCCGAUAUCAAGCAGCACGAUAAGAACAAGUCUGAUAUCAAGCAGCACGAUAAGAACAAGUCCGAUAUCAAGCAGCACGAUAAGAACAAGUCUGAUAUCAAGCAGCACGAUAAGAACAAGUCUGAUAUCAAGCAGCACGAUAAGAACAAGUCCGAUAUCAAGCAGCACGAUAAGAACAAGUCUGGUAUCAAGCAGCACGAUAAGAACAAGUCUGAUAUCAAGCAGCACGAUAAGAACAAGUCUGAUAUCAAGCAGCACGAUAAGAACAAGUCCGAUAUCAAGCAGCACGAUAAGAACAAGUCUGAUAUCAAGCAGCACGAUAAGAACAAGUCUGAUAUCAAGCAGCACGAUAAGAACAAGUCCGAUAUCAAGCAAGAAGGAAGAUUUAGAGCAGCAAGCGCAAGAAGAAGAGAUCCUUACGAGGCUCAAAAGCUGGACGACAAGAGAGCUUGAGAAAGCGGGUCUCUGCGUUCAUGGCUUGACAGCUCGCCCACAUGGCGAGAUGUUUGGCGAGAAGAUUUUAGAGCUACGCUCUCCGCACGAUCUCAACCUCCAUCUUCGAAAGUUUAAUGUCGGUGACUAUGUCCUUGUGACAUCAGGCGAAGACGUAUGGAAGGCGAGGAGAGCAGGAGACGCUCACUUCCGCCUCGACAAGUUCUUCUCAUCCCUCCCCAACCAGCGCAUGCGAGAAGCUCUUUCCAGCCUCCUCCUCGCUGCGGAGGAAAACUCACGAGCGAGUGCACCUGAAGGAGGGAAGAGGAUGAGCAGAACGCUCCAGGAGAUGAUCGUCAGCUCCUUCUGCAUGGCAAACAGCUCCUUCCUGUCUCAUCAGCAUCGCUCUUCCUUCCCAGAACAACAUCAGCCCAUGGAAAGUUCUUCCUCCUCCUCCUCCUCCUCCUCCUCUGUCUCCUCGCAGCGACUCUUGGUCGAUCAGGCUUGGCGCAUCGCUCGCUUGGUGUCGAGGCGUCGGGGGCUCGUGAGCUCGCAGGAGGAGGCGCUGAGAGAGGCCAUGACUCGGUCGCUCGCGAUCCUCCAGGGACCUCCAGGCACUGGCAAGACGCUCACAGCGUCAUGCCUUGCUGAGGCGCUGGUGUUGGAGAAGCAGCUGCGAAAGGAGCUGGAGGGGGAGCUUAUCGUGGCGUGCGCUCAUUCCAACACGGCGACAGACAACCUGAUGGAGAAGCUGGUGGACCUGAAGCUGCGAACUGUGAGAGUGGGACGAGCGACGGCAGUGAAGGCUGAGCUGCGGCAUCUGACGCUCGAGGCUCUGAUGGAGAAGGAGGCGACAGUGCGAGAGCUGAGAAAGGAGCUGGUGCUGGCGUUGUCGGAGGAGGAGAGAGCGACCGUGAGAGCCAAGCUUGCCAUGGAGAGAUCUUUGGUGGGAGGAAGAAUUUUAAGGUCUGCGGAUGUGGUAGUGGCGAGUCUGGUAGGAUCAGGACAUGAGGGGCUGCGAGCGAUGCUGCAGCACGAGAGGCUUCGCUUCCACACCAUCAUCGUCGAUGAAGCCUCGCAGGCUGUUGAACCGUCUCUCCUUAUCCCCCUCCUUCAGGGUGCCCAGCCGACUGACAAUCUGGACGUCAGAAGCUUGUUCUCAUCGGUGAUCACUGCCAGUUACCGCCGACGGAUGGAAGGCGAGGAGAGGAGGCUUGGCUCGCAGUCUCUUGACUCGCUUGGUGAAGAUCGCCCGAUCCCUCGAGGGUUCCCGUGGCCGCGCGAGGAUCACCCGCUGGUCUUCAUCGACGUGCGUCAAGAUGAGCUCAAUGGAGAUGAGAUUCAGACAUCUGACGGCAACAGCUACCUCAACGUCCCCCAAGCUCAAAUCAUCCUUGAGGAUCUGCUGGCCGCCGGGCACGAGACGAGAGACUUGGGCGAGCAUGCGGAUGCUCUCGAGCUCUUCCUGACUCCCCGCAGGGCUUGUCGUCCCCUACUCGGCUCAAGUGAACUUCCUCCGCGAGUCGUGCGCGCUCGAGCUGGAGUGAUGCGGCGGCAGGGGAGGGAGAAGGAGAUCAUCCUCAUGUCGACCGUCCGCAGCAACGCGGAGAGCAGCUUGGGCUUCCUCGCGGACUGGAGGCGACUGAACGUGGCAGUCACUCGUGCUCGUCGAGGAAUGAUAGUCGUUGGUGACGCGAAGACACUUGCAAGUGACCGUCACUGGAGCGCUGCUGCAUGUCGCAAGCAGUAUACAGGGAGACACGACAAGUCUUAA